AUGCCCAAAAGAUAUGUAUCGUCCUCAUGUUCCAGUCAAACGAAGAAAAGAAAAAACAAUGACAAAGCACGGUCUUGUGUUAGUACCACUGAUAUUGAGAAGUGUGUGUUUGGUAGUUUGCACCAGGGAUCUGAUACAUUCUCGGAAAGGAGUAGAGGGAGGCAAUGUGUUUCAAAUGCUAUAGUUAGUAUUUUGUACAAGUAUAUCAGUGUAAGUGAAGUUAAAGAAUGGAGCUCAGAGGAUAUAGAUUUUAUUUUACGAAAUGGGGAUGAGGUGUAUCGGCAUGUUCGUCAGUAUUGUACCCAUUCAUAUUUACAGCCGAAUGAUUUACCAAGUUACUUCUGUUUUGAGAAAACUUUGUUGCGAUGCUCAGUGGGUUCAACAUUCUCGGGAAAUCUUUGUGAAUCUUUUGUGGAAAAUGGCCCUUUUGUGUCACUGGAGUCUGCUAUGGCUUCAUGUUUUUAUGGAUCAACAGAAGCGGGUAUAUUUAUAUGCAAAGAUGCUGCUGUGUCUAUUCUGUAUUCUGAUCCCUACUUCCAUGUGUUUGAUCCACAUGCAAGAGAUUCUUCUGGGAAACCAAAUUCUGAUGGAAAUGCAGUUAUAUUCACUGUAAAUACAUUCUCAGGUGUAAAUAAAUUGAUCAGACAAAUAUUUAAUUGUCAAGAAAGUGUUCAGUUUGACUUGUAUCAGAUACAUGGUUUUAUUGUGCAAGAUCGUGCACACUUUACAAGACAAGAGAAUGCUGUAUGUCUGGCAAAAGUCAAGACAAAUUUAUUUGAUCUGAAUAUAUGUGACAUUUGUGGUCAUACAGACUUUGAACAAAUACAACAUGCUCGUGAUCAUGCUAUUGAGCAUAAUGAGACUGAGGUUGCACUAAUUGCGAAGUUUCAUAAAAGCGUUUUAUCUGGUCCAGAUUAUGUGUGUAGGUGUUGCACCCAAACUUGGUUCAAAGAAAGUGUCCAAAAAGCAUCCAAAAUUUCUGCAACAAUGCUUCAAAAGUGUCAGAUAAAAAAUGAUGAUUUGGUAUGUAGAACUUGUUAUCAACAUCUUAAAGAAAACCGAAUUCCACCAUGUUCAAUAAUGAAUUCACUGGGUUUUCCACCAAAACCCCCAGAACUUGAAUUAUCAUCUUUAGAAGAACGCUUGGUUGCACCAAGGAUUCCAUUCAUGCAGUUGAGAGAAAAGCCCAGGGGUGGACAGUUGAGCAUAAGUGGAAAUGUUGUAAAUGUCCCUGCAGAUGUGAUGUCAACAGUGAACAAGUUACCAAGAAUGCUGACAGAGGAUGAAACAAUUGCACUGAAAUUCAAACGCAGUUUGAAUUAUAAACAUUCUGUAGCUUUUGAAAGAAUUCGCCCUAAUAAAGUUUUGAAUGCAGCAAAAUGGCUAGUUGAUAAUAGUGAAUUGUUCAAAAAAGAGGGCAUUGAAAUAAAUGAUAGCUGGUUUACUGAUUAUUCAACUGAAGAAAAUGAAAUUUCUUGUGACAACGAAAACAUCAUCGAGGAAAAUAAUACAGUGAACUCUGAAUCGGAUGUUGUAGAAAAAUGGACAGAAGAAAAUAUUGAUGAAAGAGCAACAGGAAACACAGACAAAGUAAUGCAACCUAUAGACUUUCGUGAAUUUAAUGAGGUUUUGAAUGUGGCACCUGGAGAACACAACAGUCCAAUAAGUGUGUUUAAAGACAUUAAUUCUGAAUUCCUGGCUUUUCCAACAAUAUACUGUGGCCAGGUUAGACCUGAUAACAAAGACAGAAAAAUUCCUUUGCAUUAUAGUACACUAUGUAAAUGGGAACUAAGGAAUGUAGAUAGGAGAUGUGCCACCUGUGUUCCAAAUAUCUUCUUCAAAAUGAAAAAAUUGCAAAUUAAGCAAAUUCAAGACAAAGUCUCGUUAGCUGUCAGAAAGUGCAAAUUAAAGGGAAAGAAAUUUACAGUUGCUCAGAUAUUGGAUUCGUGCACAGCUGAUUCAAUAAUACGAUUGAAUGAGGGAUACCAUGUUUUGCGUAAUCUCCGAGGAUCUCCACCAUAUUGGGAGAAGGCCAAGAAAGACGUAUUUGGUAUGAUUAGGCAACUGGGUCUUCCUACUUGGUUUUGUUCUUUUUCAGCAGCUGAGACUAAAUGGACUCCUUUGCUUAUAACACUUGGGAAAUUAAUCAAUAAGGUUGAAUAUACAGAGGAAGAUGUUUUAAAAAUGUCAUGGGAAGAAAAAUGCAAACUCAUCAAAGCUGAUCCUGUUACAUGUGCACGCUAUUUUGACUACAGGUUUCAAAGGUUUGACCAUGAAAUCUUAAGUAAUGCCACACACCCUGUUGGAGAAAUUGUGGAUUUCUUUUAUAGAAUAGAGUUUCAACAGAGGGGUUCACCACAUGUUCAUAUGCUUCUUUGGAUCAAAAAUGCACCAUCCACAGAGUCAAAUACAAUUGAAGAAAUUUCAGAAUUUGUUGACAAAUAUUUGACAUGCAGAAAAGAACAAGUUGAGUCAUUUCUCAUUAAUUAUCAGACUCACAGGCAUGCUAGAACCUGCAUGAAAAGAAAUAAACCUAUUUGUCGAUUUAAUUUUCCAAUUCCUCCAAUGCCGUACACAACGGUUUUAUGUCCACUUGAAAACAAAGAUCAAGUAGCAGCAGCCCAGAAAGAUUAUCAAAGAGUAUGUACAUUUCUUGAUUCCACUGAAAACAGAGAUUGGAACUUCACCUUUGACAGUUUUUUGAGCAAACUUGAUAUGAAUUUAGAGACAUACAUACUGGCAGUUAGGUCAUCUAUUAGUCAGAAGAAAAUUUUCCUAAAGAGUAAUCCCAGUGAAAGUAGAGUCAAUGCCUAUAAUGCCAUACUGCUUAAAAGUUGGUUAGCUAACAUGGACAUGCAGUUCAUUUUAGAUCCUUAUGCUUGUGCUGCUUAUAUAGUUUCUUAUGUUUCCAAAGGACAGAGGGGUAUGUCCAGUUUACUACAUCAAGCUUGUGAAGAAGCGAAGCGUUUGGAUUCUGACAUACGUCAGCAAGUAAGACGAAUUGGAAACCAAUUCUUGACUCACGUGGAAGUAGGUGCUCAAGAGGCUGCUUACCUUGUAUUACAAAUGCCUCUGCGAAGAACUUCAAGAUCAUUUAUGUUCAUUGAUACCCAUCCCCCUGAAGACAGAGUUGUUAUGUUGAAACCAAGACAUAUUUUAGAAGAAAUGAAAGAGGACAGAACUGAUAUUGAGUCGAACAACAUUGUUCGACUUUAUCAACAGAGACCAAAAGAUAUUGAAAAUAUGUGCCUUGCUGAUUUCAUCUCGAAAUUUUCUGUAAAGUACAAAGCGAAGAAGACCGAAAAUGAGGCCCAGAUUAACCAUGAUUUGCCAGAAACUGAGUAUGUUGAAGACACUUCAGAUGACAUUAUGUCUUCCUUGGAAGAUGAUGUUUUUCAGCAUAGCUAUGUUUUUAAGAAUGGCACAGAAAUUGUACGAAGGAAGAAAUCAUGUAUUUUGCGUUGGGUUCAUUUUGAUAUUGAAACUGAUUCUGAGAAAUUUUACAGAGAACUUCUAAUGCUUUUUACUCAUUGGCGAAAUGAGGAGAAGGAUUUGAUAAAGAAUUUUGGUUCUUUUGAAGAGAGUUACAUGGCAAGAUAUAGCUUUAUUCAAAAGAAGAGAGCAGAAUAUGAACACAAUCAAGAACUUCUUCAUGAUGUUGAACAGGCAUGUCUAAACAAUAUUGCAGAUGAAGUGUGUAUGAGUAAUGUUGCACCUGAAAAUGAACAUCAAGAAGAAAUUGACAGAAACUUAGGAGAAACAAUAUCUCAUCAAUAUGGUUGCUUUGAUCCUGGACAAAAUGCCCCAGUGUAUGAUGUUGGAUUAGACCUUGGUAUCACUAGAAAGCAGGUGGAAGAAGAUCUUACUCAGUGGGGAGAACUUGAAGAUUGUGCUUACAGAGAAAUGAUGAGAGGAUUAAAUGAACAGCAAAAACAAUUUAUGUACCAUGUGUUGCACAGAUUGAAAACUUGUUCUGAACCAUUAUUUGCAUUUCUCAGUGGAGGAGCUGGUGUUGGAAAAAGUGUUGUCACAAAAGCUUUAUAUCAAGCCUUGUUCAAAUACUUCUCACACCAGUUGCACAAUUCACCAGAUAAUUUGCAUGUCUUGCUAUGUGCCCCCACAGGAAAAGCAGCUCAUAACAUAAAUGGAUCAACUAUACAUUCAGCUUUCUGUUUACCUGUAGGACAAGGAUUCAAGUACAAACCAUUGGAUAUACAGCAGCUAAGCUCCUUUCGCACAAAGUAUUUGCACUUAAAAGUUAUUUUUAUUGAUGAAAUAUCAAUGGUUGGAUGUGGCAUGUUUAAUUUCAUAAACCUGAGGUUACAAGAAAUAAAAGGAGUCAGGGAACCAUUUGGAGGUAUAAGCAUUAUUGCUGUGGGUGACCUUUUUCAAUUAAAACCAGUGAUGGAUAGACUGAUUUUCUCUCAACCAUGUGUUGAUUAUGGGCCCAUUGCUGCAAAUUUGUGGAAAGAUAAUUUUAAAAUGUUUGAAUUGACACAAAUCAUGAGACAGAGGGAUGAUAAAAUUUUUGCAGAAUUGCUAAAUAGGUUGAGAGAAGGUUACCAUACAGAUCAGGAUAUUGAAAAAUUGAAAAAAAACAUGACAGUGGAAAUGCCAGAGUACAAAAGUGUACCUCAUUUGUUUACAACUAGGAAAGAAGUGGAAAUAUUCAAUUGCUCUGUAUUUAAUGCUGCAGAAGAACAUUUAAAGAUUGUUGUUGAAGCCAUAGAUUGGGUUAUAGGUUCAACAAAUCCUGAUUUGCAAUCAAAAAUAUUAAUGCGAGUUCCAGAUGACAGCUCAAAAACCAUGGGGUUAGCUAGCAAGUUAAAGCUAGUUUUGGGUGUUCCUGCUGAAAUUACAAACAAUGUGAGUGUUCAGGAUGGUGUAACAAAUGGAUCCUCCUGUAUUAUAAAACAUUUUGAAUAUCUUGUGGAAGGAUCUUGCAGAGUCAGUAUAAUAUGGGUUGAAUUUGAAGACGUGCGCAUUGGACAGAAAAUGCGAAUUGAAUAUGCAAGAUUUUACCAUUCAGGUAUUGAAAAAAGUUGGACUCCCAUUUUAGAAAUAACUAGAAUGCUAAAGGUACAGUUCAAUGGAACCUAUCAGGUGAAAAGGAGACAAUUUCCUUUGCAACUUGCAGCAGCAAAAACUAUACACAAAUCUCAAGGUUCUACAUUACAGAGUGCUGUUGUUCACUGUGGAACAAGGAAGAUGGAUCAUAUACAUUAUGUUGGUUUGAGCAGAGUCACAAACAUGGACAAACUGCAUAUUUUAGACUUGAAUGAAAAAAAGAUAUCAGUUUCAACAGCUGUCCUCGAAGAGAUGGAUCGACUCAGAAAUGAUUCAAAAAUCAGCUUGUGUUAUGAAUAUCUUGAAAAUCAUGCUAAUGCUGCUGCAAGAAUUCUGUUUCUUAACAUCAGAUCUCUCCACUUACAGAACUACUCCAAAAGAUAG